AUGACCACCCACGCGGAGUUCGGCGUGCGCUACGUCGUCGACCUGGAGGAGAUUGCGGUGUUCUUUAGCCCGCGCAUGGGCCCGGAGCGGCAGCGGAUAUGCGGCCAGGUGGUGCCUGGCGAGCGCGUGCUCGUGCUGUUCGCGGGCUGCGGCCCGGAGGCCCUGCAGCUCGCCGCCAAGACGGAGGCCGCCAGCGUGACCGCGGUAGAGCUCAACCCCGAGGCCGUGAAGUGCGCCCGUCGUGGGCUGGAGCUGCUCGCCAGGCAGGACCCGGGGCGCGCGGGGCGCGUGCGGCUAAUCGAGGGCGACGCCGCGUCGGCCGCCGCCGGGCUGGAGCAGCGGUCGUUCCACCGGGUGCUGGCUCCAAGGCCCAAGGCCGCCUGCGAGGAGGAGGACGCACGCCUCGCCGAGGGCUUCCUGGCGGGGCUGCUGCCGCUGCUGAGGCCGGGGGGCGUGUGCCACUGGUACGACUUCGUGGCAGACUGGGAGUUCCCCUCCUGCGAGAGGUCCACGGCCCGGAUCCAGCAGGCGUGCGCUGUAGCGGGACGCGCCUGCGGCGUCCUCCGCUGCGCCGCGGCGAACAGCAAGCCCGUGGCCGAGCGACAGUACCGCACGGUGAUCGACUUCGCAGUCGAUCCCGGUCUGACGGCGUGA